CAUAUUAAUCUUCCCUCUCAGACCACCUCUGAGCUUCACUCUGCAAAUCCUUAUCAAAUUAAUCACGAUUCUCUCUUCCUCCCCCCCCAUCUCGCUCUCUUAUACUGCCUGUUUUUUCAACUUUUCUUGCCAUCUUUUUUAGCUCAAGAAUUCAAGAAUGGCUACUAACAAUGAAGACAACAAUAGCGAUGAAAGCUGUCCGAGAAUUCAGCAUGUAGCAAAAGCAUCAUCUGAUGAGCUGCUGAGGAAGUUUGCCCAAGUGGGUUCUGAGUCAGAAGACAAGAAAGAGCUGCAGUUGGCUAAGCGGAUUAAAAGAAGCACUAAUAUUAGUGCAAUUAAGGCUGGGUUUUAUACUCAGAGCAGAAUGUAUGUUGAUCAGGGCUCUUCUUUGAAUGGUAUUAGUGCUGCCAUUGUUGAGAGGAAGUCCCUUUUGCCUCCCGUUACGCCCUCGUCUCGGAGAUCAUCUGUGGCGGUGGUUCGAAGACUUGGGAUUGGGAGAGUAAAAGUCAGGGCAAGGGAAAUUAAGCAUAAGUCUCUUCUGGGUGCAAUUGAGAAGACAUGGCGUAGGACAAUUGAAGGUGCUUGCAAGGUAUUCGUGGAGAAGCAUUACAACCAACACAGACGUCUAAAGCAUGACAUGUUUUAGUUAACGAUACAGGCUAUACCAGACUUCAUUGAGGUAUCUUAUCAGUUGAAAAACAAGGUUCGGUUCUUUCAUGUUGAUUUCUUUAAAGGAGUUUCCAUAUACUAGCAUACUCUCUGUUGUUGGAGAAUACUACUAAUGGCAUGGUUUUUAACCCAUGAAAAAGGUUAGGUGAUGUUUCUAAGUUGUGAAGUUAAUUUCUCUGCUCCUAUGAAAAGUUUAUUGGCAGAAAAAUUUGAUGCCUUCAUGGAGUGUGCAUUUUUUGGAUCCACACUUGAUGCAACAAAAGCAUGACCACCCCAUCCCCUCUCCCCUCCCCUCCACAAAAAAACAGAGAGGUAGGCUGUGGUAUACUUGUACACUAUAUUGUAAACUAGGAUUGAAUAUCAAAAUGUUAUGUUAUAUGUGGUAUACAUCUAGUUUCUUUUCUGUUUUACCCUCAACAACAGCUUAUGGAUUAAUUCCUCCAAGUUCACAGGAACUCUGCUGAACCUUCUUCAAAUUAAUCUCCUCAGUCCACACAAAAAAUAAAUAAAGUGAUAACUCUUAAUAAACAAACAGGACCUCAAUUUUAACCCAUAAAAAAUGUUUAAAUGUUCCAAGUUCAAAUGUUUUUGUCCUUGUUGUCAAAGUCAACCUCCAAAACUCAAAAUUGUGGCUUGGAAGAGCAUGUUUUUUUGACAUCUUGCUCUUGCUCUAGCACUUUCUCCUGCACUAACCCAAGGUUCAGCACG